CUCCGCCCACGAGAGCUUCUCUCUGUUCGCUAGCUCUCUGCUCUUGGGGGUGUGCUGUGGAGCCAUGGGGGAGCAUUGGGCGCUCGGCCCGGCGGCGGGCUCCUCGUUGCUGUUGUGCUCGGCGCUGCUGGCCGUGGGGUGCGCGCUGGGCCUGCGUCUGGGCCGCGGGCGGAGCGCGGUGGAGCGUUGGGUGCUCGCCUGGCUCUGCUACGACUCACUGGUGCACUUCGUGCUGGAAGGCGCCUUUGUGUACUUGUCUAUAGUAGGAAAUGUUGCAGAUUCCCAAGGCUUGAUUGCAUCUUUAUGGAAAGAAUAUGGCAAGGCUGACACAAGAUGGCUGUAUUCUGAUCCGACCGUUGUGUCCUUGGAAAUCCUGACUGUUGUCCUGGAUGGGUUCCUGGCAUUGGUCCUCAUUUACGCCAUAGUGAAGGAGAAAUAUUACAGGCAUUUCGUACAGAUUGUCUUGUGCGUGUGUGAACUCUAUGGCUGCUGGAUGACCUUCUUCCCCGAGUGGCUUGUCGGGAGCCCCAGCCUCAACACCAGCAACUGGCUCUACCUCUGGGUCUAUUUGGUGUUUUUUAACGGCCUGUGGGUUCUGAUCCCAGGCCUGCUGCUGUGGCAGUCAUGGGUAGAACUGAAGAAGAGAGAUUACCAAGAGGCCAAUUCAGUGAAGAAGCUUAAGUGAAUUCUCAGAGCAAUCCAUUCUGAGUCAGAACGGACCAAACAUUCCAACCUGUGCUUCCCUUUCACAGUGCUUUGAAGCAGCCAUUACAGAUGGGUUAGAAGGUGGCAAUCUGAUCUGUUUGUUUUGGUUCUCUGAUUAAAUGAUAAUCUGAAGAGAGAA